UGCGCCUGACCUGCGCUUCCGAGCAAUUAGCUUCUGUGGGCUUCAACGGGAAAACAUUUAAAAAUACAUUCAAUUGUACAUGGUUUCCACAACAGAGUAAGAAGAUACACAUUCUGUCCUUUUUUGUGUGUUUAUUUCUUGAGAAAUAGAAGAGAGAACCUCGAAUGUGCAGUAAAGGUCUAAUAUAAAACCAGCUGUACCGCGGUGAUUUACUUGUUGAACUGGCUGCAGCCCUUCUUCACACCGGGGCUUUAUAGAGUCUAAACAGCGAGAGAAGCACUGAAAUGGAGGCAGGAUCCACUGUGAGUGCUGUGAGGAGCUUAAAGGUUUUGAUUGGGGAUGAGGUUCGACCUGCACUCAUCACCAUAAAGGAAGGGAAGAUUGAUAAAAUCCUGUCUGAUCCAGGUGCUACUGCACGCGCAGGUGGAGAGGUGCUGGAUGUGGGCGACAACGUGGUGAUGCCAGGUUUAGUGGACUGUCAUGUUCAUGUUAAUGAACCGGGCCGUACUACCUGGGAAGGCUACUGGACUGCAACACAAGCGGCAGCAGCGGGAGGGGUGACUACUAUCGUAGACAUGCCCCUCAACAGCAUACCACCAACCACAAGCCUUGUGAACUUCCAUGAAAAGCUACAAGCUGCUACUGGACAGUGUUUUGUGGACACAGCAUUCUGGGGAGGCGUUGUCCCUGGAAACCAGCCGGAGCUGAGGCCUAUGGUGCAGGCCGGAGUGGCUGGAUUUAAGUGCUUUCUCAUCCACAGUGGAGUUGAUGAAUUUCCUCAUGUAAGCGAGGAGGAACUGCAUGCUGCAAUGAAGCAACUCCAGGGCACAGAAAGUGUCUUACUGUUUCAUGCAGAGCAGGAGGUCCAGCCACCUCUGGCAGAGGAUGGUGAUCCAUGUGAGUACUCAACAUUUCUGAGGUCCAGACCUGAUGUCAUGGAACUGGAGGCCAUUCGGACCGUUACAAAACUCUGCCUGCAGUACCAAGUUCGAUGCCACAUUGUGCACCUGUCAUCAGCCGAGUCUCUGGAGCUGAUCCGAGCAGCUCGACAGGCUGGAGCUCCAUUAACAGUGGAGACGACACACCACUAUCUCACCCUGAACUCAGAGAACAUCCCAUCAGGGGCCACACAGUUCAAGUGCUGUCCUCCCAUUCGGGACAGAGCCAACCAGGAGCAGCUGUGGUCUGCACUAAGAGCUGGUGAUAUAGACAUGGUCGUAUCUGAUCACUCUCCCUGCACCCCUGACCUGAAGCGCUUGGACACUGGGGAUUUCACCCAGGCAUGGGGCGGCAUUUCUUCUCUGCAGUUCGGCCUGCCUCUGUUUUGGACCUCAGCUCAUAAGAGAGGUUUUGCUUUUCCUGAUGUAGUCAAACUCCUGUGCAAAGAACCUGCACGUCUCUGUCGCCUUGACAACCAAAAAGGCAGUCUCAUGCCAGGUCACGAUGCAGACUUAGUCAUCUGGGAUCCAAAGAAGGAAUUUAUAGUAAAAGAGGAAAACAUACAUCACAAAAAUAAACUAACCCCAUAUCUUGGCCUGACCUUAUGCGGGGAGGUAAAGGGUACCAUAGUUCGGGGAAAACUUGUGUACGUCAAUGGCUCAUUUAGUCCUCAGCCACUAGGACAGAGUUUACUCAUAAAUCAGACUCUAAACCGGGCUUCCCUGUGAACCUCCCUCACCUCAACCACUUACUGCACAUCCCAAGAUUUCUUCCAGUCUUUCCUACAUUUUUGAGGAGUAUUUCUUUCUCUUCAUGGGUGCUGUAAGGAUGCGGGGCUAUUGACUUAAGGGCAUGUAAAGCCCACUAUGACAUGCUUGUGAUUUUGGACUGUGUAAAUUAAAUUUGAUUUUACUUAAAA